ACUUUUAUCUGAGGCGGAAGACAUGUGCACACGUGCCGGAUGUAAACACAACUACCACGUGUUCGGGUGCACGUGGCCUCACUCUCAGCAGGCUGCUGGUGACCUGUGCGCGUGUUUAUUGGACUCAUAAGAGGCUGUUUCGGAAGGACCACUCUAUGAAUGCGAUCCACUGAACACGAGACACAUUUUGAGGUGCAGUGAUGGCAGGCAGCAGAGGUCGAGGACGCACUCAGUUCUCCUUCAGUGUGGACGCGCUGGGGUUUGGGAGAGGGGACUCCUUACCCUCUACUGCACACACACCCUCUCCACUCUUCCCUCCUAUGCAGUUUAGGCCAGUGCCCCUGCACGCAGGAGAAGAGGUGGACUACAUGCUCGCUCUGAAGCAGGAGCUGAGAGCCUCCAGCAAGAACCUGCCGUUCCACAUAAAGGCAGCCAGGACAAAGACAGAUGUGGCGCGUUACUCUGAUAAAUAUCAAAACGGAGAGCCGAAGAACAACUGCAUUGAAUGGAGCCCAGACUGGAGCCGAAUGCCAAAAGAGCUUUGCAUUAAAGUACGGAAGCCACGGAAAACAGUCAUAGGUGCCAAGCCACAACUCACACGAAAACCAAAAGUAGCUGCUGGUAAAGAAGAGGUUCUCCAAAAACUAGAGACGCUUGAGAAAAGAGAAGAAGAGCAGCAUUCUGAGGAAGAGGAGGAUGAAGAGAAGAAGAAACAGAAUGAGGAGGAGGAGGAGCCGGAUGCGGAUGAAGAGUACGACGAAGAGGAGAUUGAAGAUGAGACGGACUACAUCAUGUCUUACUUUGACAACGGAGAGGAUUUCGGAGCAGACAGUGAUGACAAUAUGGAUGAGGCUGUCUACUAAUGUGUUUUAAGAGACGCUUUAUUUAAAGUCAGGGAAGAUGUCUGAGUGAAAGUAUAUAUUUCAGGAAGGAGCGUCUUAAUUCAUGUGGCACUGAAUCUGAUUGUGACUGAUUUCUAAGCUGCUUCACAUAAACAGAUCAUGAUCGAUACAGAUUCUGCUGCUAUUCCAACAGUGCUGGGAUGUAACCCAAAGAUUUGUGUUAUUACAGUGAUUGGAAAGCUGUUUAAAAAGGCAGUGCACAGAAGCCGUUAUUCAUUUUUGUCAGACAGGGGAGGAAACUACAGACCGUUUUUACUGUAUUUUAAUGCAUCUCAUGUUUACACCUGAUAAUGCCUUGAAUUGUGAAUUACAGAUGCAAAAGUGUGACUCCAUCUGUUUUAAGCUGUGUGUGUGUGUGUGUGUGUGUGUGUGUGUGUCACAAUUUUAAUGUGAGCUGGAGUUGUAUCAUCAGACAGCCGGCAGGUGGCAAUGUUUAUCUGCAGUGUAUGAACUAUAACUACAAUGAGCUUUUACAAUAAAUCACAUGGUUAAAACGCUU